ACAGGUGGGUGGCACUGGUGGGCACAGGUGGGUGGGCACAGGUGGGUGGCACUGCUGGGCACAGGUAGGUGGCACUUCUGGGCACAGGUAGGUGGCACUGCAGAGUGGCACAGGUGGGUGCACUGCUGGGAACAGGUGGGUGCACUGCUGGGCACAGGUGGGCGGAACUUGCGGGCGGCACUGCUGGGCACCGAUCAUCAGGGCACUGAUCAUCAGUGCCCUGAUGAUCGGUGCCGAUCCCCGCUCUGACAACUGCCAGUUCUCGGCAGUACUUUCCUCACGAUCUGACAGCGUGAGGAAAGUGCAGCCGAGAACCGGCACUUGCAU